CACACGUCUUGUGGGCGUAUACUGUUGCAGUUCGGUUGCACUGAACGUCGCUUAUCAACUUUUGCUACCAGGAAAGCCUUCUGUAAAGCUAAUUAGCGCUGUAUAUAAUAUUUAACACUACAUCUUUCGACAGUUUGUCUUCUUCUGUGGCGCAUUUCGCUUUUUGUCAUUCAAACUGACAUUUGCAAUCGUGAGAAAGCCGUCAAAUUCCAGAGGUGAGGAGGAGACUCCAUUUUCCUAGGCUGCUGGCCGGGCUAGCCAGCAAGACGGCGGAAAGCUAGCUGGUUGUGUAGCUAGGCUAACCCUCUGUCCAGGACGAAAGAGAGCCAGUGCAAGCGACGAGCUUGCGAUCAACUGUCUAUCUGACGAUACUUUCGUUGACUACAAAAGACUCCCAGCAUGCUGAUGGUGGGAGGCAAUGGACGGAUGCACUAGAAUGAGUGUGAAGGAGCUGUGUGAGACCGAUGACCUGGCCACCAGUUUGGUGCUGGACCCUUUACUGGGUUUCAGCACCCACAAAAUGAACAUCAGUCCGCCACCAGAGAUCCGGCGUUGGGGUAAUCUCAAGGAGACCCUGUUGCGCUUUCAGCGUACACAUGACUUCAGUGCCACGUACGAGGCACUGACGGUGGGUGAACUGGCUGGUGACUACUUUAAUGCUUUGGGAAGCCAUCGACAGGAGUUGCUGAGACAACAUGUGUAUCGCUACCUCAGUGCCUUUCUGUUGGAUAGCGGUGUCAAGAUUGAAUCAUGCGACAGAUACUCUUCAGAAACCAAUGGAGCAAAGAUAACCUCAACAAGACAUUGGUUUGUAGGAGAGCGGGUGGAGGUCCUGCUGGGCUGCAUAGCAGAGCUGAGCCCUGCUGACAGUGCCGUGCUGAGAGCAGGAGUCAAUGACUUCAGUGUGAUGUAUUCCACACGAAAGCGCUGUGCACAACUGUGGCUUGGGCCUGCAGCUUUCAUUAACCAUGACUGCAAACCAAACUGCAAGUUUGUCCCUAGUGAAAAGAAUGUUGCCUGUGUGGAAGUGAUUCGACCCAUCUCACCUGGGGAGGAGAUCACGUGUUAUUAUGGCGCCAGCUUUUUUGGGGAAGGAAAUGAAAUGUGUGAAUGCUGCACCUGUGAGAGGAAAGGGGAGGGCCACUUCAAACACAGAGGAAAACAGCCUGACUGUGAGGAGACAAAAGACCCUGUGGGCCAAAAAUAUCGCCUGAGAGAAAGAUACCUCCGUCAGCACAGAGAGAAGGGACACCUUUCUACACGGCCAAUAAUACCAGGAAUACACUCAGGUAUUUUUAAAGCCAUUCCCUCCAGGAAUUCCUUUACCCAGCAGAUGAGGAGAAAUGCAUUGAAGAACAGAAAACUGAAUCAGACAAAGAGGUGGAGACGAGAAAAGCACAGACGAUCAGGAAAGCGCCCAUUGAAGUCCUCUGCAGUCAAACGGUGGCACACAGUUCCACUUUUGUCCCAAGUUCCACUGAAGGACCUGAGAAUCAGAGUACGGCGCCACUCAGUGGAUUUUUUACUUAAUUGUAAGGAUCCAAAGAGCAAAGAAAGGGCUUUGCUACUACAACUGGAGGAAGUAAAGCCAAGAGAUAAGAGGCUGAGUGAACUGAAUUCGACGGGUGCAGAAAAUAUCAGCUCUGAUAAAGUGACUGGUGAAGUAAACUUGAAACCUUUUACUCUUAAUUCCCCUGCACCAGUUCACCAGGAAAGCAGACCAACACUAAGUAGCACAGGCAUUGACGAGAAGUCUGUCAAAGUGGUGGAUGAGCAGGCCCCUCCUCUGAGGACCUCGGCAAGAACAAGGAGUAGGGUUCUCUCAGUGCUUACACACACAAAAGAGACUGAUAACGGAGCUAACACUACAAAUGUUUGUCACUCUACCGAGCUUGAUAAAACCUGCAGUGCAAUCAAACACGGAAAUAUGGAACAAACAAUCAUAGAAAGUCAAGGCAACAAGAACAGCAGCGAAGAAUCUUCUAACACAGUAAAGAACCCAGCUACCAAGGAAAGUGAGCACAAGACCAUCAGUACUCCACCUCUAUCUGAAAUGAUCCCUCUGAGUGUCUCAGAGGGAUCAAAGAAAGCUGGGGACAAUCCACUAUUGUCACUGAAGCAAUACCUUACAGUCAACCUAACAAGAUUAUCAGUGCCACAAAAUCUAAAUGCAGAAAUGUCAUCUGACAACAGGAAAGUAGGAGUUGAGCUAAGAGGAAGGACCAGGCAGAGUCAGGGGCCUAAAUCUGAUAGUCUGACUGUACAGUCAGAAAAAAGGGCGUCCAGAUCCCAGCAGAAACAGGGAGGAAACUCAGAGAUUUGUUCAGCUGAAGGUAACAGAGGAGUCAGGGAAAUGUUUUUCAAGGCCAUUGAUAAGGUAAAUGUAAGGAAGCAACAUUCAGGUGAAACUGUGGAAGAUUUAACCUGCAGUGAGAAAAAGGGGGAUGACAAGGUUAUUGAAAUACAGACAGUGUCAGAAGAAAAAGAGCAGCAGGCCACUGUUCAAGAAAAACCUGAAGGGGAGAAAGAAAAACCUGAAGGGGAGAAAGAAAAACCUGAAGGGCAGAAAGAAAAAAGAAUUGCAGCCAUUGGCGCAAAACAGCAAAGUAAUAAUGCCCAGGACAAACAGUCUGGAUGUAAAAUUCCUCCUGGCGAAAAAACUGAGGGACAAAAUGGUAUCCAAUUUAUUAAAAAUAAUGCGGUUGGUCGCAAAGAGGAAUUUAAAGACCAUCUUCCUCUGAGUCUUAGCAAACAACCAGAGAGUAGGCAUGAAGAUGAUAUUGUCAUUAAGCAAGCAAAGGUUCUGUUAUCAGAUAUUCUCAGAAAAGAUAAAUCCUUAGUAGAUGAGAAAUCUAUUUUAGCCUACACAGAAAUAAAGAACCACAGUGCUGCGGAAGAACAUACUAAAACAAAUGAAGGUAGUUACCGGUGUCCACCACAACGUGGGAUCCUGAGGAGACGAAAGUUCAGGUCUAGAGCAACAAAAAAGAGAGCAGGAGUUAAACAAGGCCCCAAGGGACAUGUGUGGAAGGAAGUUCUAGCUACUGUUAAAACAGAGUUAAGUGAAAACAUCCCACAGCUUCAGUCACAACAGAGGCAUGUCGACCAACCAGCAGCCUGCCCCAACACUCUACCUCAUAGGCUGCCAGUUUCAGCAAAAGCUAAUCUGCAGACUGAUAUAAAUUCACAGCUGCAUAUACAGUCUAACAUACCUCUGAAGAAACGUACAUUUCGCAGCUCUGUGGAAGUGAAUGCAGAGCAAUGUUUGACUUCUGCUUUAGAUCAAGCUUCUAAAGAAGACACUGAGUUAAAGUCAGUAGCAGCACUAAAGCAGGGCCUUCCACCAGGUUCAGGAGACAGUAGCAUGAUGAAAAAAGAUGGUAGAUGCAGAUAUAGGAGGACAGAACUCCAGAGGUUGACUUCUAAAAGAAUCACAAAACCGAAUACCUUUAGCAGAGUGCUACGCACCAGACCUCAGAGCGAACCUCAGCACAGCCAUUUAUUGAGAAGAGAUCGAAAAUGCAAAUUAAUCAAGCAAGAUGAAGAAGACAUCAGUGAGGCACAAGCAAGUGAUAAGCUUACAGAGGACAAACAUGUUAAAAUUCAAGAGCACUGCAAUAGAAAAUCAACUCUAAAUGAAAUUGUAAAGGAAGAUGAGGGAGGAUUUGUACCACUCCCGCUAAGUUGUUUGGAGGACAUAAAGCCUGGCCACAAUUUUAAGAUUCGUUUUAAGAGGCGGGCAGGUAAAAUGUGGGAGAUGGAAAAUUCUGGAUUGGAAAAUAUCACGUUAAAAAAAGAAAAGAGAGAAGACACAGGGACAUGUGAUCCUUUUAAAGCCAUCAUGGAUUCUGUAUCACUUUUAAAUAUGGAGAUGGAAGCAGCUCGAGCUCAUGUGCAAGCGAGUAUGAAGUCUAAGAACAGAUUGCAUCGCAUGAAAAAAAGAGGCGACAAAAUGAAUGAAAGGCCAGGUACAAAUUUAUCUACAGAAACAAAAUUUGAGAAGGACGAAGACUUAAAAAAUGUUAAGGACUUAACUGAACCUCCUGAAGCUAGCGAUGAUAAGAUCGUUGAUACAGGAGUUAAACAAAUGCCAGAAAAAGUAGAGAAUCUUAAAAAUGAAAGUGAGACAUUAUCGGAGGUAGUGAAACAACCUAAAAUGGAAGAUUGCUUUGCAAAGAACUGCUGUGGGUUGGAAUCAGGGCCUCAACACAAACUAGAGACUGAAUUGGAUGCAAAUGGUCAUCCAUUACCAGUGCUUAAACUACGCAGAAGGACAGAGGAUAUUUGGGAGGUGGACGACAAGAACGAGGAACCCACACAAAAUGAGCUGAAAGUAGAGUCCAAAGUCAAGACAGAAAUGAAAGGCCACACAGCAGUGAAACAAAAUAAGGGGCCGCUUGAUUUUAGCAAGCCCAAAGAAGAGUGCCUGUCCCAGAAACCGAAUAGCAGCUUGAAAGCUGAGCACCCAUCACUCUCCCUGUCGCUUUCACCGCUGACUUUGUCUUCCCCUCUUAAUGACAAUAAAACUGAAGUUAUAUCCUCAGCUGUGGAGAGAAUCAGCGAAAGGCCAGAGAUGAACAGCGGAGGAAGGAAACAGAGGCACAAAAUGGAGAGAACGCGCAAAUGUGGGCCUGUAGAAACACCCACCACUUGUCUUAGUCACACUCUCCAACAAAUUGACAACAGUCUCUCCAGGCUCUCUGAGGGCUUGUGUUCAUCGCAGACUUUGGAAAAGCCAACAGCCUGUUCCAGUGCUUCUAAUUCUGUCAUCCAGCCCCCGUCCCAGUCUCCUCCAUUCACAACAGCAGAUAACAUGCUUUCAGGUGAGCCCAGCUUCACAAACUGCUGUGAUGACAUUCUGGACUUUCAGUGUCUAAACUUCGAGGGGUACUACCAGCCACAGAAUAUACUUCCAUCCUCUCCGUCAGAUCUGUGUUCACUGGAUCCACCUACAGAUCCUUUCAGCAGUCCACUGUCUCAUAGCCCUGCUGAUACCUGGACCACUGAAACGCCAUACCUUGGCCCUCCCAGUCCAGGAAAUAACUUAAUCAGCGAGGAUUUGCAGUUUUUUCCAGGUCUAAUUUCUUCCAAAAGUGACUCUGUUCCUCUGGAAUGUGAACCAAGGGAUAGCGCCAAAGACAGAAUUCCGCCCAAUUUUAAUUUUGCGUCUCUCACUAACCCUGACUUGACUGGUAAAGAUCGAGUUAUUAGUAAAAACCCGGGAAUGAAGUCCAGAGAAGACCCUAAACUUCAGCCCCCCUCUGUUGUUAACAAACCUCGACUUCUUUGUGCACCAGCAUCUGCUCCAUCUCAAAGUUCUGGUGCUUUGCCUCAGUCCUCCUUCAAUGUCAAGCCGAGCUCCAGCCAAUCAAAAGUGGUAUCUAACCUUAAAACCCAGGGCCCUUUCCAUCGCAUGACCAUUCCUAAUAAAUCACAGCCUUUUACAAGUAAUCAGACAAACACAAUUAGAGAUGUGCAUCAGAGUAGCCUGCCGAAAACCGUCCAGAAUUCACCAAUAACCAACAAAUUUCUGUCUCCUCAAGUCUUCACUGUGAAAAAUCCCAAUCCACCUGACAAUCCAUUCAACUACCAUGAAAAACAAAACACCUCCACAGUUAUUCACAGGGUGCUUAAAUUUCAGGGGGGAAAUCAGAGUCAGGACUUGUACAGUGCACCUUCUAAAGAUACUGGUAGCCCCAAAACACUCAGUGCAAAACCCGGUGUUGUUGAGAAGAUCCAACAGAAACCAGUUAUUACCACAGACAGUCAUCACAAAGAUAACAGUUCUGUUCAAGGGUUUUCCUCUGUAAAGGAUGUGGGACAUAUUAUCUCUUCCAGCAAUCCCGCCAGGUCCAACUCACAUUUUAACAAAGCCAACACUUCCCUCCCUCAAUCCUUCAGUAAAAGUAAGAUAUCAUCUGACAAAAAUGAAACCGGCGAGACAACUAUUCCAUACAAAAACUUUUCAGCGCUACCAAGGCCCUUCUUCUUUCCGAGCAAAGAGAACUAUACAGCAAUGCAAGACAAGAGUAUGAAACAGGAAAAACCCACUCCGUCGACCUCAGACAAGCACCAGCCAUGUUACACUCAACAAGACCCGUUUGAUUUCAGCUUUGGCUCGUCUCUUUCACCCAUGUCACAGCACAACAGCCCCCAAGUGGUCACCAGUACUCCUCCUGCAACGCCAGCACCAGCAAACAAAAGUCAGUCCUCAGCCUCUUUCCCGUACGGUUACCAAGGUCCUCCCUAUGUACUGAACUUCAGCGGUGAUCACUCAUUAACCCUAGGUCUCAGGGAUGGGGCUGAGGGUUACCCAGGGUUAGGACCCACAAACUACACCUAUCAUUGCCUGAUGGAACCUUCAGGCACCCAAGGGCGGCUGGUUCUGGAGCCCUGUGGACCUCAACUUUCAAACCAAGCAGCAUUCUCCUUGGGUGGAUUUUCAGGGCUCAAAGGCCAGGACGAACAUUGCAGAAAGGACAUGCAGCAACCAUGCCAGCCUAGCGAGCAUCAUGCCGCAACACAUUACGGACCUGUUACAACGUCUCAUUCCGUGGGUUCAACAAAGCCCAAAAGGGUGAGAUUAGUGGUGACUGAUGGCACAGUAGACUUAGAUCUGCAGUAUUCAGAUUGAUUUUACAGACUACAUUUGGAUGCUGUUUUUACUCAAGGUGGAUUAAGCAGCAUCUGCCAAAACCUGUUUUGUAAACAUUGUAAUUCACAGUAGUACUUUAUCAGUUAUUAAUGCCCUCUGAUUGACUGAUCUUUUUCUAAAUAAUAAUAUUGAUGAACUGCUAAUUUAGAAGUCACAUGUACAGGGUUAUAUGUGUAGCGCGUGUAUCAAUGUGUUUUAACUACUGUAUGAUUAUUUUCUUUUUUAAUUUAAAGAUCCGCUUCAAUUUGCUCAGAAUACCAAAUUUAAAAAAGCGUACAAAAAACCAAGCAUUGAACAUAUUUAACUAGAAAUGACUUGCCCUGUAAAUGUCAGAAGCCCUAAUACUGUACUGUAACAUAGCUGUAUGAAUUUUGUAGGGACAGAAGUCUUUGAUUGCUGGUACUUGUAUCGGUUGGUUUUAAAGGCAGCUUUGUGCCUCCAUCUUUGAUAUGUUAUUGUGACUUUUUGAAGCACCUGUUUAAACAGUCUACCCUUGUUUUUAUACUCACAGUUCUCACUGUGUGUGUGGGUCUGAGUACAUGCAUGCAUCGGGGAGGCUGGUCUCGAGGGACCAGAGUAAGGUAUCGUGUUGUUGUACCUUAUGGUGUGACUGUUGUUAUGCCAGAUAUAAGUAAGAUUGUUAGUCAUUGUUGCAUAAACGAAAGGCUUGUGCAUGAACUGUGUACAGUAAAAUAAUUUUCAGACAUGAAAUGAUAUAUAUUGUAGGACAACUCUACUGGGCGAAGACAGCGUGAUGAACUGCAGCUUCUCUCUUUAGUACUGAUAUGGAUGAGUGAAUGGGAGAAAAUGCAAUAUGAUUUUCUGGCCAGUUGUGCUUCAUGUAUUGAGAGAUAGUACAACAUGAGAUCUUUGUAAUGAGAGUACACCCAACUAUUUAAUAGAAACGUUUUAUGUUACAUCAGAAAAGUGACAAUCUUUGACUGAGUAACCCACACCUGUUAGUUUUUUGGUCCUUUUUUCUAGAGAUUAGCGGCUAUUUCACAGAUGGAACAGAAGGAUAAGUUGUGCAUCACCUACAAAAUUACUCUGAUAUUUUAAUGUUGCAGAUGGAGUUACACAUUUAUACGUGUUUAUAUUGUAACCAGAGUUAUUUGCUGUUGAUUGUAGAAGUCACGUGAGCAGUCCCCUCAUGACAGCCUUGCAUUAUUACCAUGAAAUUGUACUGUCUUGAUAUGGAAAGGCCAAUUAUUUAUUUUAAUAUCCUCAUUCUUGAAAUGGUGCUUUAAUGUAACUUAUAUUUCACAUUGAUUGUGCAAACUAUUAGAUGUUUUUUAUUAUUUAAUGGGACAAAAUACUGAACUGCAUAUUUACAUCAAGUAUUUAAGUUGAAUUCUUUGACAUUCAAUCUUGUUCACAUGUUCAGUUUUUAGAGGUAAUACUUCUUUUUAAAUUGGCAGUUAGUCUUACUGAAAAAGUCUGCUGUAGAAAUGUACAAAUGUAGCCUAUAUCAUUAAAGACAUUUAAUUCUU